AAAGUUUCAGUUUGUGAUUAGUGUCUAUUAUGAUGGGAUGCAAGCUGUCCGCUGUGGAGAGCAGACGCUGUUUCAUAUCUAAGCCACAUGAAAUAUGUAGUGAAAUAGUGUCCAGAGGAAACAGGCGCAUGAAUCUGAAUUCACCGCAGUGAACACUGUUGCAUACAUUCUGACACAUUUCACAGUAUUAUCAUGUUUUAUUUGCCUGCAAGAAAAUAUUCUUGGACAGCUCCCCCCAAAAAUAGGGGCGUGGCGACUAGGCUGGUGGCGUGACGUCCCUAUACAGUCCGACCAAUCAGGGCGAAUUUAAGACACUUUCAUGACACCUGGACGCUCAGGUCUUUUUUUUUACUCACCUCUAAACCACAAAUGAAUCGAUUUUAAAUCGACAAGUAAGUGAGUGUGAAUUGCGUGAGCGGCUUCAGGAAAUGUGUUUAAUUAUUAUUAUUUGUUUAUUUAGCAGACGCCUUUAUCCAAGGCGACUUACAGAGGCUAGGGUGUGUGAACUAUGCAUCAGCUGCAGAGUCACUUACAACAACGUCUCACCUGAAAGACGGAGCACAAGGAGGUGAAGUGACUUGCUCAGGGUCACACAAUGAGUCAGUGGCUGAGGUGGGAUUUGAACCGGGGACCUCCUGGUUACAAGCCCUUUUCUUUAACCACUGGACCUCACACAGCCUCAUUGCGGUCCUAUCCGGACAGCAUCAUAAAACAACAUGUAAUAAAAGCGUAUUGCUUGAAAUUGUGUAGCCUAUGGUAAAUAACAUCUGUCAAUCAAACUGCAAUUCAGUCGUUAUACUCACCCGCACCCUUUCUCGUUUAACCUUGUGGUUAAGUUUCUAUUUAUUUAAUCCCGCCCAAUCAGACACAGAAAUACAGCAAAUCAGCAAGCUAUAUAAGUCUGUAAUGUGAUCAUUUUUUGUAACUUGUCGUCGUGGAUAAGAGCGUCUGCUAUAAAUAAAUAAAUAAAUAUAUAAAUUAACGAUCCUCGUAAGUAAUUCUCUCCCCCAGACAGGUGUGUGUUUUUGGUAACUACCGGUAGUUAGCAAAACAAUUAAAUUACUUUAGCGCCAUUUCACGCAAUUCACACUCACUUUACAUGGUCAAUAAAGUCAAUUCAUUUGUGGUUUAGUGACCAGUUGGCAACCAUAUCUUAUUAUUAUACAAAACAGACAACAGGGACGUUUCCGUUUAAGAACGUUGGGGUUUAAAAAACAACAUUUGAACCUUUAAUCAGUUGGAAACCAAUAAGAAAUUCAACGAACUAUAGACUGACUGGUGCAAGUCACAACUCAAAGAAAACGACAUUGAAAAGGGGAAAUAUACACGGAAAUAUAGACUGUUUAUUAGUUGUAUAUUGGCGUAAACUAUUAAGGACAGAUUGAUCACAAACAACAGCAGAAAAACCAAGAGGAAUAACAAAACGGCGAUUAAAAAUAACACACAACUAAGAAAACUGUUUAAAACUGGUACACAACAUCAAGUAUGAAACGUGUUUUCUGGGUCGUCCUAUUCUUCGCCGCCCUUAUCGGUUUGGAUUUCUCGCUGGUGAAGCCGUCAAGUCGGCGCCUGGUCCGCAAAGAGCGAAGUCUUUUAGACCUGGGCUCGACUUUUUUGUGCUACAGGAAGAGCGUUAACAUCACCUUGAACGAUCUAAAUGGCUAUGGGUGCUAUUGUGGAGCUGGGGGGUACGGCGACGCGAUGGACUUUUACGAUGACUGCUGCUUUAAGCAUGACUGCUGCUAUGCAAAUGCCCGAGGUAGGCUCAAGUGCGGCUACAGGGUGAAGUUAAUGCCUUACAAGUACAAGUGCAUCCAAGGCCGGACUGAAUGCAAAAGCGAAAACGUCUGCGGCCGGGAGGCCUGCGAGUGUGACCGGCUGUUCCUGGAGUGUUUGACUCUUGCCACACCAAACCCUCAAUACAUGCACUAUGAUAAGAGACGCAGAUGUCGUGGACCUAUGAAGUCUUGCCCGGUGGAGACAGAGCCAAAGGAAAAGCAAUGGCGUAAGAACGAUACCGAGGUACAGAGAGCCCUCCUGGGGCUGAGCGACGCACCACGUUCUUGCCUAGCCCAGAAAGAGCCCCCCAAAUAAAGCCAUAUAGCUGGACGGUAAUAAAAUUGAGGAAGGUUUUCUUUUGA